AGUGGUUUUUGGGAUAAAUGGGGCUCCAAGAAUAUCCACUUUCACCACUUCUCAGCAGAUACCAGUUGGCUCAUCUUAUGCAUCGUAAAAGAUAAUUUUCUUUAUUUUUUUCCAGUAAUUUGAGAUAUGAAGACCUCAUAUUAGAACAAAAAGCAUUCAGCCUUUUCUUUAAAGCGAGUAAUCUCCCUUAUAACAAAAUACUCCAGUUUAAAUGCAGUAACCUGUGAUAGCUUCCAUGCUGUCAGGAGCCAUGAGUGCAGCUCGGCUUUUAAAUAAAAACAUAAUGUUGGGCUGGAUGUGUCGGUUGUAUAGUGUAACUGCUUUCAUUGCUGCAAAUCUCCUCUUUGGGAGUUGAAAAAUGACCCUAUAUACCCUUUCACCACACCUGGGGAUUGUCUUUUUGCAUGCAGUAGCACAGAAAAGCCUAGGAUAGUAUGUCUUUUAAAAGACUUCAUAUCCCUAUGUGGAAUUUUUACCCCAUCAUUUGUUAGCCCAAACUUUAUAGUGAUAUAUAAUACCUCUGCCCCUACGUAAGAUGGUUACUUCCAUGUACAGGUAUGGCAUUAGGAAAAUUUAUAGGCUGGACAGGUACAUAUUUGCUGACAUUUCUUGGGAGUCGACGUUACUAAAGCAGUGUGAAUCCCUGUUUGCUUCAGGGCGAGAUGUGUGACAGAGGUGGCAUCAAGCUCUUACAGUCCCAACCCUCCAACGAAAAUGGGCGAAGAUCACAGGAUUGGCAUCGGUCACAGGAAAUGGAUAGUGGCUGGCUGCUAGCAAGGCCUCUUGGGCCUUAGUCAAACAGUAGCCUUGGAUGAGAACAAGUUGAGCAGUGCCAAUGGACACGAAGAACGCAGCAAGAAGUAAAAAAAAAAGUAAAAGUAGGAGCCGCAGUCGUGAAAGGAAACGCAGCAAGAGUAAGGAACGUAAACGCAGCCGUGAUCGGGAAAGAAAGAGAAGUAAAAGCCGUGAAAAGAAACGCAGCCGGAGUAGGGAACGGCGAAAAAGCCGUUCCAGAAGCAGAGAUCGACGGUUCAGAGGCCACUACAGGAGCUCUUAUUCUGGACCAAAGUUUGGUGGCUCUGGGCGUGGCAAGAUAGGAAUACCUCAUGGCGUGAAGUUAAGGAGAAGGUCAAAGAGCAAAAGUCCUCCGAAGAAAGAGAAAAGCCCUGUAAGGGGUCCGAUAGAUAAUCUGUCUCCUGAAGAAAGAGAUUCACGCACUGUGUUCUGUAUGCAGCUGGCUGCUAGGAUUCGUCCAAGAGAUUUGGAAGAAUUCUUCUCAACAGUAGGCAAAGUCCGUGACGUGCGAAUGAUUUCAGACAGAAAUUCCAGACGCUCUAAAGGCAUUGCUUAUGUGGAAUUUCUGGAUCAGAGCUCUGUGCCUCUUGCGAUCGGCCUUACAGGCCAGAAAGUUUUAGGAGUCCCAAUAAUAGUACAGGCUUCACAGGCAGAAAAAAACAGAGCAGCUGCAUUGGCCAAUAAUCUCCAGAAAGGCACUGCUGGGCCCAUGCGCUUGUAUGUAGGAUCAUUACACUUUAACAUAACAGAAGACAUGCUUCGUGGGAUAUUUGAGCCUUUUGGCAGAAUUGAAAGUAUUCAGCUUAUGAUGGACAGUGAGACUGGUCGCUCUAAAGGAUAUGGUUUUAUUACUUUCUCAGAUUCUGAAUGUGCCAAAAAAGCUUUGGAGCAGUUGAAUGGGUUUGAGCUGGCUGGUCGGCCAAUGAAAGUUGGCCAUGUCACAGAGCGAACUGAUGCGUCCAAUGCAAGCUCAUUUCUUGACAGUGAUGAGCUGGAAAGGACAGGAAUUGACCUUGGAACUACUGGCCGCCUUCAGCUAAUGGCUAGGCUUGCAGAGGGCACUGGCUUGCAGAUCCCUCCAGCAGCACAACAAGCUCUACAGAUGAGUGGCUCGUUAGCUUUUGGAGCAGUAGCAGACCUCCAGACAAGAAUUUCCCAGCAGAGUGAAGCACUGGCUGCUGCUGCUGCAGCCGCAUCUGCAGCUUCAAUUACUUUGGCAUCAGCCACGCUACCUAUCCCCGCAACUACUCAGCCCAUUGCUACACAAUGCUUCCAGCUUUCCAACAUGUUUAACCCACAAACUGAGGAUGAGCUAGGUUGGGACUCUGAAAUUAAAGAGGACGUCAUUGAAGAAUGCAAUAAACACGGGGGAGUCGUUCAUCUUUAUGUAGACAAAAAUUCAGCUCAGGGCAAUGUCUAUGUCAAAUGUCCAACCAUUGCAUCUGCGAUUGCUGCUGUUAAUGCUCUGCACGGAAGGUGGUUUGCUGGUAAGAUGAUCACAGCUGCCUAUGUACCUCUCCCCACUUACCACAGCUUGUUCCCUGAUUCCAUGACCUCAACUCAGCCUCUGUUUCCUUCUCGUCGAUGAAUGGACAUGAAUACCAUUUUGUGUAUAUAUAUAUACUUCUUUUUUUUUUUUUUGAGAGAGAGAGAGAAUGGUCUUUUUAUUUAGAUGGGGUACAGAGAGAAUGUCAUCGGUGCAUAAGAUCUUGAAAUAAGAAGAGUGAAUGCUUGUACCGGCAAAUUUGCUUUUAAACCCAUUCAUUGCCUAUGCUGCCUCGCUGUCCCUCUAGAAUAGAUAAUGUACGGCAGCUUGAAAAAGGACAGAUGUAGAAACAUCUUUCACUUCAGGUCCAGCACAUGGGGAAAUGUUCGGCAAGAGCAUUUCAAUCCUUAAUCCCUGUUAAAUGGCUUAAAAUGUUUGAUUCUAUGGUAAUACUUGUGCGUUAAUUAUGUCCAUCAAACAGUUUAAUCUGUGAUAUCCGCCAACAACAAAACAGUUGGAACCUCAGUUCAGUAGUAGAUUUCUGUACUCUAACUUUUCUUUUGUACAUAGUGUCAUGGUGUUGAAGUACCAAACAAAAUCUCCACUGUGUUUCCAGGCAAAUGAGUUGGACAAAACGCAGCAGAUUUACAUGGCUGCCAGGGAAUACAAGGGGUAUUUUGGCUGGCCGCAUAUAAUCCUUUGCUCUUUAAGCUCUGUGAGCUCUGAAAUAUAUAGUUUUUUUUUUUGUUAAUUUGGUGUGUUUGACAAGACGGCUUGAUAUUUCUAUGAAACUUUCAUAUUUCAACAAUCUUUGUAAAGAAGCUCUAAAAUAAAGGUCUUUAGAAAAAUUGUCA